CCGGAAGUGGGUGGUGGUCCAGCGGUCACCCCACCAGCAGCGUCGACGUUGGUACCAGCUGGGAUGAAGCUCGCCUCCGCGGGAGCGCAGGUCUUCUUCUUUCGCGUCUAACAUCGGCAUCCUACAAACGCGUCCUCGUCGUCUCGCUUGGUGAAUUGGAGGCGACAUGAUGGAGGAAAUCGACCGAUUCCAAGUGCCCAAUGCUGUGCAGGAGGCGGAGAUGCAAGCGGAGAUGCAGCCGCUGGACCCAACCUCAUCUACGACUUCUGAGGCCGACUCAGAUACGAGAGAGGGGGAACCCGUUACAAUCAACUACAAGCCGUCCCCUCUGCAGAUGAAAAUAGAGAAACAGAGAGAUCUGGCCAGGAAGGGCUCCUUGAAGAAUAGCAACAGUGUGGGCAGCCCAGUCAACAAUCAGCCUAAGAAAAACAACGUCAUGGCCAGAACACGGUUGGUGGUGCCCAACAAAGGCUAUUCCUCUUUAGACCAGAGUCCCGAUGAGAAGCCCUUGGUUGCAUUAGACACAGACAGCGACGAUGACUUCGACAUGUCAAGAUACUCGUCGUCAGGAUACUCCUCUGCUGAGCAAAUCAACCAAGAUCUCAACAUCCAGCUGUUGAAGGACGGUUACCGUUUGGACGAGAUACCGGAUGACGAGGACCUGGAUCUGAUCCCACCCAAAUCGGUCAACCCCACUUGCAUUUGCUGCCAGGCGGCGCCCUCCACCACCUGUCAAAUCCAGUAACCACGCCCCCUCCUUCCUCUCUCUGCACAACAUAACCCCGAUGUUCAUCUGCUCACUUUUCAUCGCUAUCAAGAGUGAGAACAUUGAGUUCCAACUAAAUUGUACUAGAUUAGAAAUGACCAAUCCAGUCGUUUACAUCAAAAGUGUGAGAUGGGAUAAAGUGAAAAUAGUCAAUCCCUAACUUUUUAUGAGUAUACUUAUAAUAUACUGUAUAUGAAUGCUGGUGUUUUCCUCCUAUGGUAGGAUAUGUGCAUCUCCUCAACGUGAUGUAACAUGAUGAUAUUGUUGAGUCAGUUUACCUGAAAUAUGGUUUACAAUUUGAACUACUGUUGUUGUUUUCAUCGAGACUUUAACCCUUUCAUGCACAAAUUAUGAUUUUUUUUUUUUUAAACCCUUUUUAACACCAAUUUAAGUCAUUGGCAGCCAUUGACGCCAUGCGGCGUCCACCAAACCAUUUUAAUAGAUUGGACACCUACACUGUCAAUGCCACUGACACAUGACCAUUUACAGCUGGUCUUCCAAGUUUAAAUGAAUUGUAUGCCUAUCACCUGCAAUCAGUUAAACACGAUGAAAGAAAAAAAACUUUAGAGUGUUACUUUGGACAAUAACUAGUGCGUGCUUAUGCAUUUUAAUUUCAUAAAAUUUUUAUCAACAUUGUAUUAAUGUGUAAUUAUAAAAAAAAAAUAUUUAAAAAAAAUAUGAUAAUGGUUAAUAACUUGAAAAAGAUAAUACAAUAAUGAUAAUUGCUAAUAUUUUUUAAUGACCAAAAAUAAUCAUUUACCCUAUAAAGUAACCCUUUAUUGGACAAAUGAUUAUUAUUUAUAAGUGUAAAAAAAUAAAAUAAAUGACCAAAAAUAGUCAUGUGCUCUAUAAAGGGAUAAACUUUUGAAUAGCUGUCCACUGUAGUGACCAGUGUCCCUGAAAGGGUUAACAUGUUUUGUUAUUUUGUGUGGAAGAAGCUAAAACACUGCAGUGCUGGGGCUCCAAACUGCAAAAUUGUACUGUACAAGGUUGCCAUGUAGCAUGACUGGACUAAUUAAGUGAAAAAGGGAAGAUAAAAAGGAGCAUUUGCACAUUUCAUUUCUUCCCUUCUUGGCAUGUGUGUUGGAUAAUUUUAAAUUUGCACAAUUUAUUUUUCACCUUUAUGGGCCUUUUUCUUGUACACACAAGUGGUAGUUUCCCCUGAAGUGUUGAGCUUUUUUUUUUUUAAAUGGGAGAUCAUAUACAUGAUGGUUUGCGGCCAAAGGAUACAUGAUUCCAUGUCAUUUCACCAAAUCAAAGUUCGUACAUUUUAUAGUGCCCGUCAUCAGACAUGAAAGGGAUUUGAUUCCUUUUUCUGCACACACGCGCAUGCAUGUAUUGUAAAUAUUGUAACUCCCAUGCCAAUCUUGUGAAUAGUUAGUUGAAAACUUUGAGACUCACAGCUUAACUCCCAUCCAUGAAUUGACUGGUUUGCAGUUAGAGUUGCCUUAAGUACAAACAAAUUAACAAGAUGUGGGUAUUAUUUGUGUUACAAUAUUCCAACGAAAAUGCUAUAACUUGAUUUUAUUUUUGUACCUUAAGCCAUGUGUUGAUUCAUUUUGUGCCGUAAAAAUGUCCAUUAUGGUAUUUAACAUUAUUGUUACAUGUGCUUCAUGAAAACACAAAAUAAACACACAGCUAUUGGAACAUUAGCAUUGCCUUUGCUUCUGUACUGUAUAAAAAAAAAAAACUUCCAAAAAAAGCUAUGCUAAUUUAAGAUUUUAAGCAAGCACAGCUCGAGUUUUCUUCGCUAACACUGUGAAUAUUCGUGACUCAUUUUAGCAUGUUACCACUGUCAACUUAAUUAAAUCUGAUGUGAAUAAUCAGGUUUUGGGGGAAAAAAAGAUUUCGGAGUAAGCAGAAUUUUGUGUGAAAAUUUGUGUUAAGCUAUCUUGAAACGUUGUGCUAAUUUAGCCAUAGCCUCACUCCGAUUGGCAUGCAACAGCAUGGUUAGCCAGACUGUUUAGCUUAGUUGUCUAAGCAUCACUCUGUCAGUAACAAGACCCAGGUUUGAAUCCUUCUUGGAUUAACUUUAUGUAUAUAAAGGAUACAAGGGCGUAGAUUUGCGUAGGGACAAAACACUACCAACUUUUCUGGAUGCUCAAAUUUACAUAUGUUUAAUUGUUGUAAUUGACCCCACCAUUAUAUAAGUGAAUUAUUUUCAUUAUGUUCAGACUUACAUGUACCUCAUUUUACUUGUUGAAUAUGACGGUCAGUUUUUUUCCCUCCUAAACGCACAUUUGAUUGGCUGAUGACUUGACCCCCCCCCCCACACACACACACACACACACACACACGCACACACACACACACAGACAUCAGAUAUUAGCAAUAUUAGACGUUUUUUUCCGGCCAGCAGCAACCACUGUAAGAAAUAUAAAACGAUGUAAAUGUUGUGGAAGUGGGGAACACACCACUAAUUUUGCUGCAUGAACUUGCUAACCUGCAAAACUCGAGCUGGUAGCUGCUUAGAGAGAAGUGUCCUCCUGUAUGUGUUUUCUACUGUUAAUGUUAAUUAAACUGUGAGAAAUGUAAUGAACUGAGUUUUACCCCCUUCUCCCCAAUUUUACUUUAUAUUUUAUGUAUGUGGUCUUAAAGCAGCCCACAGGAGCUUUCAUUUUUUUUGUUGAGUUUGGCUGUGCUGGUGGACAAAAGUAGUAGUGUUUUACCUGAAGGACGGCUCCAUUUGAUUUUUUUGUUAUUCCCUGAAAAAGAGUUUUUUUCAGUUAUAUUGAAUUUCUUUAUUUAGACAAUGUUAAGUGGUCUUAUGUUUAUUUUAGGGCUGUCAAAAUUAUCGCGUUAACGGGCAGCAAUUAUUUUUUUAAAAUUAAUCACGUUAAAAUAUUUGACGCAAUUAACGCACAUGCCCCGCUCAGACAGAUUUAAAUGACAGUAUAGUGAAAUGCCCACGUUAAUUGUGUUUUAUGGAGUUUUGCCGCCCUCUGCUGGCGCUUGGGUGCGACUGAUUUUAUAGACCCCACUCACCAACAUCACACAAUGACGUGUCGCUGUAUCCGACCACCAUAUUGUCCAUCAUUAUUUAUCCGUAUUCUCAAUGGUUUCAAUUUGUCAUACAAUUUAUAGUGCAAUUCAUGGAAGCCCCGGUGCUUUCAGACGCUGUGAACUCAUUGGAUGCGUUGCAUAAAAGGCGUUAUGUGGAAAAGCUUCAGUCUAUCCAUUCGCCAGAUCCAUAUUUGAUGCCUAAAUCGAUAUUUUUCGACCCACUGUCUUCGCCGUCUCUGCCUGACAUCUGCUACCCUGAUAUCUACAACUAUCUUGGCCACACAAAAUCAGCCUAUUCUCACGAAAGUUUGAAAAACUUUAAGAGCAGCACUGUAAGCAACAUCACCCCGUGUGACCCUUCCAAUUUUCUAAAAUGGCGACAAUCAAUAAAAAAAAAAAAGUUGACUGCGACGCUUCAAGGAUAGGUGGAUAUUGGACUAUUUCUUCAAUAAAAUACGCAACUGUGUCUGCCUCAUUUGCAAAGAGAUAGUCGCUGUUUUCAAAGAGUUCGAUGUGAGGCGAUAUUACCAAACAAGACACGUUGACAUGUACGACAAGACGGAAGAUACGCAACAAGAAAUUAAAGCAACUUGAAGCUAAUUUAAUUUCAAAGCAGCGAUAUUUCGCAAGAGCCCAAGGGUCGAAAGAGAACGCCACAAAGGCGAGAUUGUUGAAAUUAGAAAUUUUAAAAAAAUAAUAAUAAAGCAAAUGUUACACACAGAAGGGCUUGCUAAAAUUUCUUUAAAUGUAUUGUUCUAUGUAAAUCAGCCCAGGUAGCCCCCCACCUUUUUACCACACCAAAUCUGGCCCCCUUUGCAAAAAGUUUGGACACCCUUGUUUAACUGAUGAUCCGUAGACGAGGCCAGCUUCUUUCACUUGUUACCAGCUAAAUAUUAUUCAAAAAAUAAUGAUGGUGAAAGAAAUAAGCAUCUUGAAUUUGAAACUGUAUGUUGUCGGCGAUUAGCUCCACAAUGAUCUUAAUUGUGGUUGUCAGCCCAGAACCCUCUAAUUAUAUAUUAAAUGCAUCUUACCAGAUAUAAAAUGACUACUACAUAAUCUGUGGUGAUCGUUUGGUGCCAAGUUUUCUCGUCGAAUUGCAGCAGUCCAUCUCGCUCUCCUCUCCGGGUCUCUCGGAAUACGGUAGAACUUCAAGUGUCUCCGUCUAUCUUCUCUGUUACUGCAACCAACCGCCACACACGCCUUCACCAUUUUGAUUAUUAAUGUUAACAAGCAGAAAAACACGCCAUAAUAGGAGGAAUUUACGUAGCGGUAAUGCGUAAACACGAUGAGCUGACGGACAAUAUGGCGCGGAGGCGUGGUUGUGACGUCAUGUGAGUGGGGUCUAUAGGCUUCAGCACCCAUGAGCAUUGUGUAAGUAAUUAUUGACAUCGACAAUGGCGGGCUACUAGUUUAUUUUUUGAUUGAAAUUUUUACUAAUUUUAUUAAAACGAAAACAUUAAGAGGGGUUUUAAUAUAAAAUUUCUAUAACGUGUACUAACAUUUAUCUUUUAAGAACUACAAGUCUUUCUAUCCAUGGAUCGCUUUAACAGAAUGUUAAUAAUGUUAAUGCCAUCUUGUUGAUUUAUUGUUAUAAUAAACAAAUACAGUCCCUAUGUACCAUAUGUUGAAUGUAUA